AUGUCGGAAAACGAUAACAAGAGUGGAACAUCGACUGAAUCUCGAGAAGAAGUCAAAGGAUUAGUGGGACCAGCAAUGACAUCAACUGAUGCGCCUCGUACGAAAAAUAUUUCUCAGUCGCAUGCUGGUGGCGGUGCUGAACGAUUGGGUCCAACUGCUGGAUUGGGUACGAAUACAGGUGCCGGUGGUCUAACAACGAUCACAUCCGAUCAACAGGAUAAGCAUCAUGUUACUGAUGAUUUGAAAAAGUAA